AUGACCGAAAAUUUGAUAGAAUUGGUUAGAAAAUAUACAUGCUUAUAUAAUACGAAGGAUAGUUCGUAUAAAGAUAUAUCAAUGAAGGCAAAAUUGUGGGCACAAAUCGGAGAAGAAAUUAAUGAAACUGACAACCAGAUAAAAGCCAAAGUAGAACUAGCCAAGUUAUUUGCAAGCAUAGAAACAGAGGAACUGCAAGAAAACGUCCAGAUAUUGAAUUCACCACAUUAUUCCAUUAUUAGUACCGAAGACUCCGUCUGCUAUGCAGUACCCAAUUCUGUGCCCGAAGAUUCAUCCCCAGUAGCUGUUAUAGAUCUAUCUAACAGUACUUCAUCAUACCUGCAACAGCCUGAGCAGCUACGUCAACCACUACGCGAAAUCGAUAUUCUACAUGUAACUAAUUUUGGAACACCGACAUCUGAUUACAACUCAGCUGAUUUUGACUGA